UUAAUUGCACACCGCAGUGUCAAUCUAUACCUUCUCUGUUUCUCGUAACACAGAUUUUGAUCUCUGCAAAAGCCAUUAUUCAAGCAAGAACUCAUCGUCCAUCACAGUUCUACGUGCUUGUGCUGAAGUAAGUGAUCCAUCUCUCAAGAUUUAAAUUUGCAAAGAUAUUGAUUCGACAUUCAUUUGACCUCCCUUAGAACCUCACAAGUUUUCAUGUCUCUCUCACUUAGAUCCAAUGCCCAAAUCUUCGAAAUCUCUCUAGCACACACCACCUUGACACUAUUACAUAUUACAGACCCAUAUCUGUCAACCCAGAAACCAAUUAUCUGAAAUACCAAACUCAAUUCUAAAAUCAAACCCUUAGAUCCAAGAAAAUCUAAUAGUACACCGACCCUAUGUCUUGUUUAUCUCUCUCUCUCCAACCCGCAAAUGGAUCCGACAUUCUCCUCCAAACCCGUGAAUGGUUCCCUCCUGCCCGAGCUCUUGUUGCCCUUUCUGCCUUUCGCCAGACACGGCUUGCGUUUGCCUCCGGCAAGCACCGUGACUCCACCGAGGAUGGCGACACGUCCCUCGGUGAUGACCCACUUGCUGCUUCCAGCGGCCAAGUCAUUGUAGGUGUUGAAAGCCGGUAUCGUGUUGUGUACCGCUUAGUAAAUUCAAUAUACGUAUUGGGUAUUACCACUGUUGAUGAUAAUGAUAGUGUGAACAAUGUCUUUGAGUGUAUUAGCAUUGUGAAUCAGGCUGUUAGUGUAGUUGUGACCGCGUGUCGUGGUGUUGAUGUCACAUCGGAGAAACUAGGGUCAAUGCACGGUGACGGGAUUGCGAAGAUGGUGCAUUCAGCUAUACAUACGGAGAAUAAGAUUAGGGGUGCGGAUAGUUGGACUAACGUGGAGGUGAAUUCCAUUGAGCAUGAGGCGGGUGUGGUAGCAUUUGAGAGCGCAAGGUUUGAGCUGCCUCCAGAGACGUUGGAGGCCGGUGAUGAGGUUGCCACCACAAUUGCCUUUGCUGGGCAAGGAGAACAAGAGGAUGACAAGGAAAAGGUGGAGGAUGAUGAGGAGGCAGACCCGUUUGCAGCUAGUGAUAAGCUUGGCAAGCCGGAAGAGCUUGUUGGUGGUUUUAAGAAAGAUAAGGAGCAGGCAGGUGCUGAUUUAACCAUGGCAUUGGUGGGACUUGAGGUUACUACUUUGCCACCUGCUGCAGCCACAGAAUCAACACAUAUUGUUGUUGAAGGGUUUGAAGGGAACUAUGGUGGUAUAGAAUUUAGUAAUGAUGGGUCAACAUUGAGGGAAGAUUUUGAAGGAAUCAAUGAUGCUUGGGGCGGUGGAUUGGACGCAUCAGAGUUUGUGGGAACGAAGAAAGUUGUGAAACGUGAGGGGCUUGGUGGGCUUGAAUUGUUAGAAACUAGUGAGCCACCAAUGAAGGCUGUUGAGAGCGGUGGUGGUACUCCUCUUGAAAAUCUUUUGGUGAGGAAAACUGAAAUGAAGGGUCCAGGGAUGUACAUUUCUGAAGAGAUUAGUGCGGAGUUCAGGGAAUCCUUGCUGGCUAGAGUUGGCUUGAUGGGCACAGUUUACUUAAGAACAUUGCCUCCAAAAUCAUCUGGUGAUCAAGAAACUGAGUUUUCCUUCAGGGUGGAUGGUACUAGUAGUGUUAAGAGAUUUGUUAUGCAAAGCUCUCGUGUAAGCAGUCUUGGCAAUGGGAUGUUUCAUGUGAGGACUGCACCUUCUGAUGAGCCUCUACCGAUCUUCAAGUAUAGCUUGCUACCCCGGUUAACUCCACUGCCCUUGAGGGUUCGGCUGCUGAAACGUCUUAGUGGGACUUUACUUUCUGUAAUGAUACAAUAUGUUUCAAACCCAGAGUUGCCAGCACCCUUGAAUGAUGUGACAUUUCUUCUGAAACUACCAGUAGACCCAACACUCUUGAAAGUUUCGCCAAAAGCCAUAUUAAACAGGUCUGAGAGAGAAUUAAAAUGGCAUGUUGAAGAGAUCCCUCUAAAGGGUAAUCCGGGUAGGUUGAGGGCAAGGAUGCCUGUGGAUAUUAGUGAAGAAGAAAGUGGAGAAGAACUUGAAGUUGUUUGCUAUGUGAACUUUUCUGCCCAAGGAAAUAGAUCAUUGUCUGGGCUAUCUCUACAGUCAGCUUCUGAAGGUAAGUCAGAUUUUUAUGAGGUUGACCAUAGGUGUGCAAAUGGGGUUUAUAUGUGUAAUUGA